AUGUUAAGUGGCGUUGGACCUGCUGCGACACUCGCUACACAUUCAAUUUCUCUCAUUGCGGACUUACCUGUGGGUCAAUACAUGACAGAUCACAUCAGUAUCUUCCAGCCGACUUAUACAACGAACACAACAGGCAAAGAUAUCAGCUUUGAUUCGCUUAUUUCCGAUUAUUUUUCAUGGGCUUUCGGCGGAGGCACAAAAUUGUGUAUUCCGCAUGCCGUUGAACUUGUUGGAUUUGGUCGAGUUCCCGGUUCUACGCAACCUGCUGGCGUCCCUGAUUACGAAUUUAUGUUCACAGCAUCCUCGUAUGUCACAGACAGCGGAAAUUAUCAACGGAAAAAUCAUCGCAUCACCGAUAGUUACUAUUCCUCGCUCUUUGGCAGCUUGGCGGCAAUGAAUAACGACACAAUGUCUGUCGCUUGCAUGGUUUUGCAUCCCAAAGCUGUCGGUUACGUUACAAUUCAUGACAACAAUCCCGCCAGUGCGCCCAAAAUUCAUCCGAAUAUCCUUGGGCAUGCUGACGAUAUCGAAGUUCUCUUGGAAUGCGUUCGUCACGCGCAAAAGAUUUUCAAUUCGAAUCCCAUGAAAAAGUAUGCGCCGCAACUUCAUCAUCUGAAUAUCGCUGAAUGCAAUGCUUAUGCUCCUGACUCCGAUCCAUACUGGAUAUGCGCUUUCAAGUAUUUGGCAACGUCGAUGUAUCACAUGGUUGGCACAUGUCGCAUGGGACCCGCAACGGGAGAUCCAACAACGGUCGUUACGCAAGAUCUCAAGGUCAAGGGAUUCCCGAAUUUGCGGGUUGCAGAUGGAUCUGUUCUGAGAUAUUCCGUUUCGGGACAUACUGCUGCGCCGACGAUGAUGGUUGCGGAGAAAGCUGCCACGAAAAUUAAAGCUGAUCAUGGACUUUAA